GGACCCAGGUCCCUGCUACGUCCGGAGCCUACGUCACCAGGACACCUCCCCUGGGUCGGCGGCAGAACCCGAGACCCCCGCAGGCUCUAACACAGCCCCACGCCCCACAGUGCGCACGCUCAGUCCAACCCCGCCGCGCACCGCCCACCGCGAACAUCCGGCUCCUGCGUGUGUGCUCAAGGGGGAAACUGAGGCGGGGGCGUGCCAGUGAAUUCAUUCCUUCCUCAGUCCACCCGCAGGCCUACAAAGCUGUCUCCCCCUCCUCAGCGCCACAAUGAACAGCAGGGACGGAUGGGAAGAAGGGGAGGGUGCCGAAAGCAAGCUGGGUGCGAGAAGCCAGCCGACCCUGCCACACUCAAGAUGGCGGCGCGGCCGUGGCGAGGUCCCUCAGAGGCGGUACCAGCGCAUGCGCAGCGCGGAGUCCCGGCCCGGGACACAAGAUGGCGGCAGCGGCGCUGGGGAGGGCGAGGCGGAGGCGGCAAAACGGGCGGUCGAGCAGAACGUGUAGCCGCGUCCCCUCGAGUCCGCUCCGGGCAGCUGCUGAUGCAAGGAAUCCCCUGGGCCCCCGUCCACUCCACUGCUGACCAGCCCAUCUGCCUGUGCUGAGUCUUCCUGCAGGCCUUUCCUUGCCUCUCUGGGACCCUGUGGGGGUCCAUCCGGCUGGAGAAGAAAAGCCUCUCAUGCUAGCGUUGCAGACCCCAGAGGGUCCUGUGUGGGUGCGGAGAUGGCCAAUGAGAAUCACGGCAGCCCCCGGGAGGAAGCGUCCCUGCUGAGUCACUCCCCGGGUACCUCCAAUCAGAGCCAGCCCUGUUCUCCAAAGCCAAUCCGCCUGGUUCAGGACCUCCCAGAGGAGCUGGUGCAUGCAGGCUGGGAGAAGUGCUGGAGCCGGAGGGAGAAUCGUCCCUACUACUUCAACCGAUUCACCAACCAGUCCCUGUGGGAGAUGCCCGUGCUGGGGCAGCACGACGUGAUUUCGGACCCUUUGGGGCUGAAUGCGACCCCACUGCCCCAAGACUCAAGCUUGGUGGAAACCCCCCCGGCUGAGAACAAGCCCAGAAAGCGGCAGCUCUCGGAAGAGCAGCCAAGCGGCAAUGGUGUGAAGAAGCCCAAGAUUGAAAUCCCAGUGACACCCACAGGCCAGUCGGUGCCCAGCUCCCCCAGUAUCCCAGGAACCCCAACGCUGAAGAUGUGGGGUACAUCCCCUGAAGAUAAACAGCAGGCAGCUCUCCUACGACCCACUGAGGUCUACUGGGACCUGGACAUCCAGACCAAUGCUGUCAUCAAGCACCGGGGGCCUUCAGAGGUGCUGCCCCCUCACCCCGAAGUGGAGCUGCUCCGCUCUCAGCUCAUCCUGAAGCUUCGGCAGCACUACCGGGAGCUGUGCCAGCAGCGAGAGGGCAUUGAGCCUCCACGGGAGUCUUUCAACCGCUGGAUGCUGGAGCGCAAGGUGGUAGACAAAGGAUCUGACCCCCUGUUGCCCAGCAACUGUGAACCAGUCGUGUCACCUUCCAUGUUUCGUGAAAUCAUGAACGACAUUCCCAUCAGGUUAUCCCGAAUCAAGUUCCGGGAGGAAGCCAAGCGCCUGCUCUUUAAAUAUGCGGAGGCCGCCAGGCGGCUCAUCGAGUCCAGGAGUGCAUCCCCUGAUAGUAGGAAGGUGGUCAAAUGGAAUGUGGAAGACACCUUUAGCUGGCUUCGGAAGGACCACUCAGCCUCCAAGGAGGAUUACAUGGAUCGCCUGGAGCAUCUGCGGAGGCAGUGUGGCCCCCACGUCUCGGCCGCAGCCAAGGACUCUGUGGAAGGCAUCUGCAGUAAGAUCUACCAUAUCUCCCUGGAGUACGUCAAACGGAUCCGAGAGAAGCACCUUGCCAUCCUCAAGGAAAACAACAUCUCAGAGGAGGUGGAGGCCCCUGAGGUGGAGCCCCGCCUAGUGUACUGCUACCCAGUCCGGCUGGCUGUGUCUGCACCCCCCAUGCCCAGCGUGGAGAUGCACAUGGAGAACAACGUGGUCUGCAUCCGGUAUAAGGGAGAGAUGGUCAAGGUCAGCCGCAACUACUUCAGCAAGCUGUGGCUCCUUUACCGCUACAGCUGCAUUGAUGACUCUGCCUUUGAGAGGUUCCUGCCCCGGGUCUGGUGUCUUCUCCGACGGUACCAGAUGAUGUUCGGCGUGGGCCUCUACGAGGGGACUGGCCUGCAGGGAUCGCUGCCUGUGCAUGUCUUUGAGGCCCUCCACCGACUCUUUGGCGUCAGCUUCGAGUGCUUCGCCUCACCCCUCAACUGCUACUUCCGCCAGUACUGUUCUGCCUUCCCCGACACAGACGGCUACUUUGGCUCCCGCGGGCCCUGCCUAGACUUUGCUCCACUAAGUGGUUCAUUUGAGGCCAACCCUCCCUUCUGCGAGGAGCUCAUGGAUGCCAUGGUCUCUCACUUUGAGAGACUGCUUGAGAGCUCACCAGAGCCCCUGUCCUUCAUCGUGUUCAUCCCUGAGUGGCGGGAACCCCCAACACCAGCGCUCACCCGCAUGGAGCAGAGCCGCUUCAAACGCCACCAGUUGAUCCUGCCUGCCUUUGAGCAUGAGUACCGCAGCGGCUCCCAGCACAUCUGCAAGAAGGAGGAAAUGCACUACAAGGCCGUCCACAACACGGCCGUGCUCUUCCUACAGAACGACCCUGGCUUUGCCAAGUGGGCACCGACGCCUGAACGGCUGCAGGAGCUGAGUGCUGCCUACCGGCAGUCAGGCCGCAGCCACAGCUCUGGUUCUUCCUCAUCGUCCUCCUUGGAGCCCAAGGACCGGGACUCGGGCCGUGAGCAGGGUCCUAGCCGCGAGCCUCACCCCACUUAACAUAUCCUGCGGGGAGGAGGAGCCCCAGGGGUGCUGGUCUGGACUGCUGGGACUCGGGCCCCUGGGGCCUGAGAGGGACCCCGGCUGCCACUGACAUAGGAAGAUUAUGGUUCUGCCAGGGCUCCCCUCCCUGCCUGUCCCCAACUCCUCACCUCAAACUCCCUCCAAGUCCCAUGUAUAUAGGUCCUGAUGCCUUCCCAACCCUGCCCCUCACCCUGUUGCCACCUUGUUUCAUUUGUAAAAGGAAAUACAGAAACCCCCCCAA